UUCUUCUUCUCUCUUUCUCUUUCCCAUUUUCUUCAAAUUUUCCCCAUUAAACAAAAAAAAAUCAAAUCUCUCUCUUUCUCUCUCUAAUGGCGGCGACAUUAGGCAGAGACCAGUAUGUGUACAUGGCGAAGCUCGCCGAGCAGGCGGAGCGUUACGAAGAGAUGGUUCAAUUCAUGGAACAGCUCGUUACAGGCGCUACUCCAGCGGAAGAGCUCACCGUUGAAGAGAGGAAUCUCCUCUCUGUUGCUUACAAAAACGUGAUCGGAUCUCUACGCGCCGCCUGGAGGAUCGUGUCUUCGAUUGAGCAGAAGGAAGAGAGUAGGAAGAACGACGAGCACGUGUCGCUUGUCAAGGAUUACAGAUCUAAAGUUGAGUCUGAGCUUUCUUCUGUUUGCUCUGGAAUCCUUAAGCUCCUUGACUCGCAUCUGAUCCCAUCUGCUGGAGCGAGUGAGUCUAAGGUCUUUUACUUGAAGAUGAAAGGUGAUUAUCAUCGGUACAUGGCUGAGUUUAAGUCUGGUGAUGAGAGGAAAACUGCUGCUGAAGAUACCAUGCUCGCUUACAAAGCAGCUCAGGAUAUCGCAGCUGCGGAUAUGGCACCUACUCAUCCGAUAAGGCUUGGUCUGGCCCUGAAUUUCUCAGUGUUCUACUAUGAGAUUCUCAAUUCUUCAGACAAAGCUUGUAACAUGGCCAAACAGGCUUUUGAGGAGGCCAUAGCUGAGCUUGACACUCUGGGAGAGGAAUCCUACAAAGACAGCACUCUCAUAAUGCAGUUGCUGAGGGACAAUUUAACCCUUUGGACCUCCGAUAUGCAGGUAUUCACAUCUCUUUAUGCCGUACCUCGAUAUUCUACACCAUUCGAAUAACUAUAAAGAUCAUAUCUUAGUGUGAUUAGUGUUUCCAUCAUAGACCAAUCAGAUGCAUCAUAUAAGAGACAUCAAAGAACAUGUUAAAACUGAAAUAACCGCAAAACCGUGUGUGCUGAGUUAUUACUACUCUAUGUAACAGGAGCAGAUGGACGAGGCCUGAGGAUCUAGAUGAAGGGGGGGAGGGUUGUUACGCGAUGUUUCUGCCACCAAAUCGAUCUCAAAAUCCCCAUAACCUUUGCUCAAAAACUGUGAAAAAAGAUUGAAGUGUUUAUGAUGAUUAUGAUUGUGCACAGCUUGAUGAUUUAUCUACUCUACUAAACCUCUGUGCUCUUAAUAUUUAUUGUCUCGACUCUGCUCAAGCCUUAAAAACAUCUUUCUCCUUAAGGCUCCUCUGGUUAAAUUAUGAUCCUUCUACUGUAUCGUCAAAAUCAAGUUGGAACCCAAAAUUCGUGGAUUUUUUGUCGGUGUGAAACUGUGAAUAAUAAAAAUCGUCAAUGUUGUUACGUAUAUAAAAUCCAGUCAAACCAAGAAAAUCUGUGCAACAUAGGCUGUGGAAGAAUGCGACCAUAGAGAAGCACACACGUAUCAAAGAAGUCGAAUCUCUCAUUACGCAAAGAGAUGCAAAAUAUCAAAAGUGUACUUGGACCACUUUGUCUGCAUUGCAUGCAUGAAAACUAUUUAUAAAAAUAACAGUCUUUGGUCGAAUUCUGAGACAUUUAGUUGUUUUCUCAUACAUUACUCCAACUUUUCUUUUUCUUC